GUUCAAGAUGUUUCGUUUACUACCAGUUAUUGUUGCUUCCUGUUUCGAGUUAGUACCGCUUCCUAUGGAGAUGUGGUCCAACGUUCUUCGAUUGUUAGAUCCUAUGACAUUACUGUCUACUGUUAGAGCUUCACCAAAGUGGAAGGAUGUCUGUUUAGGAGACCGUAUUUUAAAGAAGAAACUCAAAUCUGCUUCGAACAUUGAAGUAAAACUUGCUAAAGAGUCGAUUUGUAAUCCAGGAAAGUUUGUUUCUGUAUCCAGAAUAGAACCGAAGAUAAUGUUCGGGAUGAAUGUAGCAAAGAAAAUUUCGAGAAAACCAAAUCCCAUUACUUCGGAUCCAAUUCAGAUAAUUUUGAAGGAUAAUUUGAAACACAGACGUGAAAAUCGUGCUGUAAAAAAUACUAAGAAAUUUGUGUCUUGUAGAAUAUAA